CUCUCUAUUUCGACCAUCAUCUGCAAUCCUUCGUUAUGAAGUUUCUUGUUUUUCUGGCGUCUACAGUUGCUCUAGCGAGCGCUGCAUCAAGAGGGGAGAUUCAAAACUUGUACCAAUUUGGAAAGAUGAUCAUGUGCCUGGGGAACCUUGGCUACUCUGAAGGGUUAGAAUACAACGGCUAUGGCUGUUAUUGUGGCUACGGAGGGAAUGGCACACCAAUGGACGAAACUGACGACUGUUGUAAACAACACGACGACUGCUACGGGAGAGCUGUUAUGGAAGAUGUCGGGUGCUGGACCAUAGAAACCUAUGGCACGAUUUACGACUACGACAAAUAUACCGACGAAUCUGGCCAGUGUGCCAUCAAAUGCACUAAAGAAGAGGAUUACCCAUGGUACGUCAUAAGAACCAAAUGCAAAGCCUUCAUGUGUGAAUGCGACCGCAUUGGGGCGCAGUGCUUCGCCGACAAGCGGUCUACCUUCAACCCCAAGCUCAUCGACUACGAUAACGACAACUGCUAGUUAAUAUGGUGCUGGAUUCCUUGAGUGGAAGCCAAAGCAAUGGAAACUUUAUCAAGAUCACUGAAAUUAAAUUACUUGCUUAACUAAUCAACGUACAUUAGCAAAAGUUUGGGAGAAGCAGGGUUAAGGGGACACGCAAUAAUGAAAAAAUAGCUAAAAUGCAUACUUUUAAUUCUGUGUUCUUGUCAUAAGAGGAAAUUUGAUUGAAGGGGUUUUGUGAACGGUAUUUUAUCUGUUGACUAAGGCAAAAAAACCUGAAAACAAUUUUUAAAAAGCAUGUAGCCGUUUGGAUUUGCACGCAUCAGACCAAGCGUGAUCAUGGCGUGUUCACUUGCGAGGGAAAUAAAGGAAAAGAAUAACAAAAUGAUC